CUUGGUCAAGCUUUCGAUCCUAGCGGCAAUAAACAGAAGUCGUUUCCUGUGCUGUUAUUACACGGAUGUAUUUAAAGUGGUAGACAACGAAGUAUAAAUUUGUUUCGAGAAGUGUGCGUAAAAUAUACCACCAAACUAGUCCAUAAGAAGUCUUGGUGCGUGCACUUGCUCAAAUGACAGCCAUAAUUCGUUGCUUUAUUUGGAAAGGUUUACCCGGAAGUAGUCGGAGGAAAUACUGUUGCGGAACAACUGUUGCACACACUCAUCACACGAACAUUUCACCAACUCCUGGACGCUUUGGCGACAUGUCGUUCAGUCCAGCCGGCGUGUCGGAGUGUUUUCGAGAAUGGGGUGACAUAGAGAAGGACUACCAACAAAUUCAAGACACCCAUCGCCUGUACAAACUGAAACUUGAGGAGGUCACCAAACUGCAAGUCAGCUGCUCCACCGCCAUCGAGCGUCAGAGGAAGAAGCUGAAAGAUCUUUCUGCAUCACUAAAAGAAUGCAAAGUCAAACAUCCAGAGCUCAAGUUAAGUCGGCAGGAAGAGGAGUCCAUCGCCGACAUCAAGAUGUCAAUCGAAGAGAGAGACAACGCCUUCUCCGAGAUGGAAGCCUUCCUGCCAAAGAAGAACGGGUUGUACCUCACGCUGGUUUUAGGAAACGUCAACGUCACGCUCCUCAAUAAGCAGUCCAAGUUCGCCUACAAAGACGAAUACGAGAAAUUUAAGCUGGUCCUCACCGUCAUCCUCUUCCUCUUCUCCUUCACCUGUCGCUUUUUGUUCAGCUACAGAGCCUUAGACGCCUUGUUCAACUUCCUGCUGGUGUGGUAUUACUGCACGCUCACCAUCCGCGAGAGCAUCCUCAUCAACAACGGCUCAAGGAUCCGAGGCUGGUGGGUGUUCCAUCACUACGUGUUCACCUUCCUGUCUGGAGUCAUGCUCACGUGGCCGGAGGGGACUUUGUACCAGAUGUUCCGGAACCAGUUCCUCUCGUACUGCUUGUAUCAAAGCUUUGUACAGUUUCUACAGUACUACUAUCAGAGUGGCUGCUUGUACAGAUUACGAGCUCUGGGAGAACGACACAACAUGGACCUCACCGUCGAGGGCUUCCAGUCGUGGAUGUGGCGAGGACUCACCUUCUUGCUGCCUUUCUUGUUCUUUGGUCACUUCUGGCAGCUCUACAACAGCGUCACACUUUUCAAGAUGUUCCAGCUCCCCGAGUGCAAAGAGUGGCAGGUUUUCAUGUGCGGCUGCUCCUACAUGGUGCUCUACCUGGGGAACUUCUUCACUACACUGGGCGUGGUCUACCAGAAGUACAGGCAGAACCGGGACAACAAGCCCAAGUCCUUGUAGGACCCUGUCGGGAUGCAUAUUUUUUUUGCUACAGGUUCCAGGUGGACAAUGACACGGCUAUCUGUAUUUUUUAUCCGGCUGACCGCCAUAAUUAUGACAUGCUGUCACAUUCACUUCAGGUGCCGCUGCUACAGCUUGGAAUAAUCACAAAUAAGGAAGCAACGCCACAAAAAAAGUUUGUAACACAACAAUAUUUCCUCCUCAAAAGUCGCUCACAGUCAUGCACGCUAAUAAUACACUCAAAAAAGUGAAACAUUUAAGUAAUAAUCCAUUAAGUUGCUUUGAAGUAGUGCUUCUCAAAUACUUUCUGUUACGCACCCCCCAAGGAAGAAGAAAAUAUUUUGCGCCCUCCCCUCCACCGUGACUAUAAAUACUAUAAUUCGUAUAUAAAAUUGUUGUAACUGUACCUCUGCACAACACUGUCAGCUUAUUAACAAUAAAGGAAACAACACACCGGUCUCUCCUCGUCUCCCAUUGUGGUUACAGGGAAGCCAAGUACUACAUACACUUUAUCAUAUUAAAAAAAAGCAUGUUCCCCUGGCAUAUCGCAUCUCGCCCCCCCAGGGGGACCUGCCCCACUAUUUGAGAAGGACUGCUCUGAAGCAAGAUAGCAUCAGUUGACAGGUCUCAUUAGUCGCCGUCUGACGCCACUCCCACGCCGCGUCAGCGGGGCAUCAAAACACACCUUGCUUAAAUGCAAACACACUUAAUAUGCAAAUAUAUUGUUUUGAUGUAUUUGAUAUGAUAUAUCAUGUAAAUCAGGUCUGGGCAAUUAUUUUGACUCGGGGUGGGGGCCAAAUUUAGAGAAAAAAAAUUGUCUGGGGGCCAGUAUAUCUAUUUUUAGGAACACUAAUACAAAACCUCACAAUAAUGUCUGAUUGAAUGCUAAAAACGUUAUGACAGACCGCCUUAAAAAACGGAAUGGAAUUUUUAAUUGUUUUAACUGAAUGAGACACCCAGAAUGUACAUGAAAAUAAAGAAUGUGGGAUUUACAAUAUUAACUAUGAACAAUAAAACACUGAAUAUUGACAACAUAUGAACGCCACACCCCCUCUCCAUCCACAUAUUUUACAAUCAAGCAAAACCCAACAAAAAUGCAACACAAACAGCGAAAUAUGAACGCGAAGGGUAAAAAAACCAACCCCACCUACAAUCUGAUAUAUUUGAUAUGUCACUAAGCUUUAGAACUUUGUUGUAAAAAUCUCUUUCGGCGUGUGUCCCUGACACCCAGGCUGACCACUCUGGAAACACUCUGUGGAAAAGCUCCCCACCCACACUGCUUGGUGCCUGGUCUGAGCUGCUGUCACUUAGAUUACCAUAGUAACUAAUUAGUAGAGAUGUCCGAUAUUAUCGGCCGAUAAAUGCUUUAAAAUGUAAUAUCGAAAAUGAUCAGUAUCGUUUUUUUUUAUUAUCAGUAUCGUUUUUUUUUUUUUUUUAAUUAAAUCAAUUUAAAAAAACACAAGAUACACUUACAAAAAAAAACCUCCCUCCCCUCAUUCACACAAAAGGGUUGUUUCUUUCUGUUAUUAAUAUUCUGCUUCCUACAUUAUAUAUCAAUAUAUAUCAAUACAGUCUGCAAGGGAUACAGUCCGUAAGCACACAUGAUUGUGCGUGCUGCUGGUCCACUAAUAGUACUAACCUUUAACAGUUAAUUUUACUCAUUUUCAUUAAUUACUAGUUUCUAUGUAACUGUUUUUAUAUUGUUUUACUUUCUUUUUUAUUCAGGAAAAUGUUUUUAAUUUAUUUAUCUUAUUAUUUUUUUUAAAAAGGACCUUAUCUUCACCAUACCUGGUUGUCCAAAUUAGGCAUAAUAAUGUGUUAAUUCCACGACUGUAUAUAUCGGUAUCGGUAAUUAAGAGUUGGACAAUAUCGGAUAUCGGCAAAAAAGCCAUUAUCGGACCUCCCUACUAAUUAGAUUACCAUAGUAACAAGUAUAUCAUGCAAAAGCACAGAUUCCAACUUUGUGUAGUUCAAGACUUACAGUAAUUUAAAAACAUCAGUGCACAUCAUAAUGGCAGCUACAGUUUCCACCUUAAAGAUCUAAAAAAAAUUAUUUGGGAAUGUCCGGCGGGCCAGAUUGCGUAACGGACCGCAUGCAGCCCGGGCCUUAAUUUUCCCAGGUCUGAUGUAAAAAGUCUGUGCCCUGCACAUGAAUACAUACAUAUGAUUAUUAUUACAUCAAUAUUAUUUCCAGCUGAGUGUAAUAAUGAAUAGAAACACAGUGAUGGAUCUGUGUGGUCUGACAAAAUGAUGACAUAACUGCACUGCCAACGUAUUUGACUUGUUAGAGACUUCUUCCCUGCUGUGAGAUGUUACAUGAUGUUGGUGGUGUACAACAUCUCGUGCUAAUGAAAAUGCAUCUUUUCACAUCUUUAUUUACACCAAUUCCAUACAUUUAAUACCGGUAUCCAUAGAGAAUGUUUGUAUCGGCAUCGAUAAAAUCCUAACGAUGUACAUCCGUCAUUGUCCCUGUCAACCAUUUGGCCGUCACGCUCGUCGGUGCACAUUUUUGUUGCUCAAAGCUGUGGAAGAAUGUUACUCACCUGUCAAAACUACAUUUCUGUUGUUUGACUCUCAGCUGCUGCCAAGUAGUAAUAAUAAUAUUGUUGUUAUAUGUGCCUUCCCAAAAGUGCUGAAUAAAAACAGUCCUUC